AUGGAGGCCGCGGCCUCAGCUGCUGUGGCGGCUGCCAAGGAGGCGGCGCUGGCUGCUGCUGCGGCGGCAUCGGCUGCUUCCAACGAGGCGGCGGCGGCGAUUGCGACUGCGAUGGAAGCAGCGGCGACUGCGAAGGAGGCGGCAGCCAAGGCUGCGGCUGCGGCGUUAAAGGCGAAGGAGGCAGCGGCUGUGGCAACAGCUGCAGGGGAGGCGGCGGUCUCUCUCGCUGCUGCGACGGCGGCAAUGCAAUCUUCCAAGAAGCGGGGGAGCGUCGUUCGCACUGGUGAUAUUGAUGGGGGGAGCGUCGAUCUCAGCAAUGAUGAUGAUGGGGGGAGCGUCGAUCUCAGCAAUGAUGAUGGUGGGGGGAGCGUCGAUCGCACUGGUGAUAGUGAUGGGGGUAGCGUCGAUCUCACUGGUGAUAGUGAUGGGGGGAGCGUCGAUCUCACUGCUGAAGUUGAUGCGGGGAGCACUGAUCUCAUCGGUGGUGUCGAUGGGGGGAGCGCUGGUCUCAUCAGCCGCCUCCCCGACACCGUCCUUGGCAGCAUCGUGUCUCUUCUCCCCACCGAGGAAGGUGCCCGCACGCAGGUCAUCUCCCGCCGGUGGCGUCCCCUCUGGCGAUCCGCUCCUCUGAACCUCGCGGUGGACUGUGGACCCAAGAACAAGGACUUAAUUACAAAGAUCCUCUCUGAGCAUCCUGGCCCCGCACGACGCUUCUCCGUCUGCAUCGCUAGGGACAACGACAAGAUCGAUGGCUGGCUUAGUGCCCAAGCCCUGGACAACCUACAGGAGGUUGAGAUCACCUACAUCAAGGAGAAGUUUUGGGACAGCAACAUGGAGAAGUUGUUCCGCGUGGCCAAAUUCCACUACACCCUUUUCCCCUGCUCGAUUGUGCAGCUGUCCCUGAAGCUUCCGUGCCUCAAGCAGCUAACCCUGGAAAGGGUCACCAUCUCACAGGUCGUUCUCCGGAGCAUGCUCUCUGGCUGCCCUGCCUUGGAAAGCCUUGAGCUGAAGGAAAACUGGGGCAUUGGUCGCCUCUGCAUCAGCUCCCAAACUCUUAAGAGUCUAGGCUUUUGCGCUGACAAGAGGAUUGGAGGUAUCAUUUUGCAAGAGCUAGUCAUCAAGGACGCCCCGUGCCUUGAGAGAUUGCUACAACUUGAUGCAAAGGGCUGCAGAGCGAGCAUACGGAUAAUCUGCGCACCUAAACUAAAGAUAUUGGGUAUGCUGUCUGAAGGCAUACCUGAACUCCACCUUGGAAGUACAUUUUUUAAGAAAAUGGUUGCUGUCAGUUUGACAGCCAAAAUGCACACCAUGAGCAUUUUGGUUCUUCGCUCCGAUGGCCCUAAUCUGGAUUCAGUGGUUAACUUCCUCAAGUGCUUCCCUUGCUUGGAGAGGCUUUAUGUCAUUUUCCAGCCACUCUUACCCUCACGGGGGGCUAUGAAUAAUGUUCGGAAGUAUGACCCACUGGACCCAAUUGAAUGUCUUGAGCUUCAUCUAAAAAAAGUGGUAUUGAAGAAUUAUGAUGGCACCAAGAGUUCAUCUAUUGACUUUGCCAAGUUCUUUAUUCUGAAUGCGAAAGGGCUAAAGGAAAUGAAGAUCAUGUUGCCUUACCACCGCCAGCGCCAAUGGUGUACUAUUCAACUCCUUAACCUACGAGACUACGGUAGAGCUUCUCGGGAUGCUCGAAUUGAACUGAGAUGUGGCACUAAGGAUGAUUUCACGCACAACAUGCAUACCCAUGAUUUGUCAAUGGAUGACCCCUUUGACUUGCCCUCCAGUGUAUGCUCAACGUGUGAAGAAAAGGGUCUAGGAGACGUUGUAUACCAAAUUUAGUCAGAACUUGGGCUGACAAGACCACCAACGUGUGGUUCUAGCCAGUAAGCCUCCAAGCCUUUCUCUGAUGUAGUCGAUGCCCAUCUUGAAAAUUGACUUUGCUUUCUUUUCAAAGCCCAAGCUUCUGUAUCUAGCCUAUAAUGUUGUCCUGGCCUUGUACUUCACUUAGUGAUGGAAUGUUUUGUGGCCCACUCAGGAUUUUACCAGGACAACACGGUGGUGUGUAAGCUUAGGCUUCGAAUCUGAACCUGUGUAAUCUAUUUUCUGUUGAAUUGCGCUUGAAGGGGUUCCUCAGUAUUUUAUUUUCUGUUCUAUUGGGCUUGGAUUCUAGUUUUUGUCUGUUAUAUGUGUAGUUGGCUGUCCUUGUUUCUUUGCUGUUUGGUCAUCCUUCAAGCAGUGUACGCCAUGCAUGGUCUGGAAACCCCAAAGCAGAGUAUUCCCUCCUUCCCAUAAGCUAACAUAAGUAUGAUGGCAGCAAAUACUGAUCCAUUCGAACAGAUCCUCAAUGCAGCGCCAAUGACAUAAAGCAGAGAUAUGUAAACAUAUAUAGGAUCAUCAAUCUUUUCCUACGGAUGCAGUAUGCUGCUAGUAAACACAACAUACACCAUGAUUUUUGGAAAUGGUUUAUAUCCUACAUACACCAUGAUGUACAGUGAUAUAAUUGUUUACAUCCUGAACUGGUUUUGCAGUUCUAUUGGAAUGUUCUACUUGUGAAACCUAUGUCUGAAACAACUCCCAGUCACCAUCAAAACAAGAUAUGGUGAG